AUGAACCGCGCGCACAUCCGCGAGUGCCUGGCCGAGUUCCUCGGCACCUUCGUCAUGAUCUGCUUCGGCAUGGGCGUCAACAACCAGGUGUCGCUCUCGGCCGAGGCCAACGGCACGUGGCUCAGCAUCAACAUGGCCUGGGGCAUCGGCGUGCUCAUGGGCGUCUACUGCUCUGAGGGCGUCAGCGGCGCGCACUUGAACUGCGCCGUCACCUUUGCCCACGCCGUGUACGGCCGCCUGCCAUGGUGGAAGGUGCCGGGCUACGUGGUCUCGCAAGUUGUUGGCGCCUUCCUGGGCGCGCUCGCCAUCUACCUGCUGGACUACCAGAAGCUCAACAAGGUGGACCCGGACCAGGAGACGACGCAGAGCAACUUCGCCACGUACCCGAGCGCCGACAUCAGCAACAUUACGGCGUUCUACACGGAGGCGCUGGCUACGGCUAUGCUGCUGCUGUGCAUCUACGCCAUCACGGACCAGAACAACCGCUCUCCCGGGACUGUGGGUACGCCGUUUGCCUUUGCUCUGAUGAUCAUGGCGCUCGGUAUGAGCUUCGGCAUGAACACGGGCUACGCGAUGAACCCUGCGCGAGACUUUGGGCCUCGCCUGCUGACGUACGUGGUGGGCUACGGCUCGAAGGUCUGGACUGCGGAUAGUUACUACUUCUGGAUCCCGAUCUGCGGGCCGUUGCUUGGGGGUGUUAUUGGCGCGGGACUGUACACUUUCCUGGUGCAGAUGCAACACCCGCAUGAACACGCGGCUUAA